CGCUUCUUGCGAGAGCGUGCGAGAACGCGAAUGGCUGCUGCUGUUGGCGACAUUUAUCGUUCCGUGAUCGUGAGGGUGGAUUUGGGCCCCGAUUGUUAAAUCGUUCACAAUCCUCCGCUACAAUGUCUUACCGCGGAAAUGAAUGCAGGAUAUAUGUUGGUAACUUGCCUCCCGACAUCAGGACGAAGGAUAUUGAGGAUCUCUUCUACAAAUUUGGUAAAAUUACUUUUAUUGAUCUCAAGAAUCGCAGAGGCCCGCCAUUCGCCUUUGUCGAGUUUGAGGAUCCGAGGGACGCAGAGGAUGCCGUACAUGCUCGGGACGGAUAUGACUACGAUGGUUACCGAUUGCGAGUGGAGUUCCCCCGAGGCUCUGCCCCUGGCAGGGGGAUGGGUCCCAGGGGCCGCGGUCCACCUGCGAGGCGGUCACAGUACAGGGUUCUGGUUUCAGGUUUACCGCCAAGCGGUAGCUGGCAGGACCUGAAGGAUCACAUGCGGGAAGCGGGAGACGUGUGUUACGCGGACGUCUUCAAGGACGGCACCGGGGUGGUCGAAUUUCUCAGAUACGAAGACAUGAAGUACGCGGUGAAAAAACUUGACGACUCAAGGUUUCGGUCUCACGAGGGUGAGGUGUCGUACAUCCGCGUACGCGAAGACUACAGCAGCCGUAGCCGAAGUCGCAGCUACUCUCCUCGCCGUUCCCGGGGCUCCCCCACCUAUUCUCCGGCUCGCCGCUCCGAAUCCCAUACCCCUUCGCGUUCCCGCUCCCGCUCCAACUGAGGAGGAGGAGGAGGAGGACUUCCCGUGUGCUGGUCAGCACGCUUCUUUUCUUCUUUCCUUUGUGCAUGUGUUUCCCACCUCUGUUGUUGUUGUAAGCAGUUUUUCUUUCUGUGCAUCCUAGUCGUAGUUCCAUCUUCCGCAGCCAUUGACAGCUUCCCUGCUUUUGACAUUGUACAUUUCUGGAGCAAGAAAGAAACGCCUUUUUAUACAAACCCCCCUGGUGUUUAAUUCUGUUUGUUCAUCUAGAUUCCCCCGAGAGGAGGGAUCACACUGAGGAAUAAAGUGGAUGUGUGUUUUUUUGGA